UACCGUAGACGGAAACCACAAAUCCGUCAUUUUCUUCUUCCUCCUAUUAUUAUUAUUAUUGCAUCGCAUCGCAUCGCAUCGCAGUGUAUCUGAGUAAUAUCACUGUCCCUUUCCCUCUCCCUUUCAUCAGAAACACAAACAAAACACCGAUUCGCUAUAUUACCAGAUCGGACUCAAUUCCUGAACCGAUGAAGUUGAAGCCGCAGUGAACCAAACCAUCAUCAUCGCGUUACCGGAAUAAUCGACCCAUCAUCAAUUAGAUCGAAAUGAAGGAUGAGGACGGGCUUCCGACGACGACCGCGGUUACAAAGAAGGAAAACUUGGAUUCGAGUCUGUUUGGAAAAGGCAGGUACAAAUUCUGGGCGUUAGCGGCCAUCUUGCUUCUGGCGUUCUGGUCCAUGUUCACCGGUACCGUCUCGCUCCGCUGGUCCGGCACUCUCAAUUCCCUUUCCAACGACAUCGACACUCCCAUCCACGACGACCUAGAUGUUCUUGAAAUGGAGGAGAGGGAGAAGGUUGUGAGGCACAUGUGGGAUGUGUACACCAACAGUCGCAGUGUGAGGUUGCCGCGGUUCUGGCAAGAGGCCUUCGAGGCUGCCUAUGAGGAUUUGACGAGCGAUGUCGCUGAGGUCAGAGACGCUGCCGUCGCCGAGAUCGCCAAGAUGUCUGUUCGCUCCAUUCAUUUUGAUCCACCUCCUCUUCAAUCCACGAGUGCCCGAGAAUUCAGCAAGAGCCUUAAGCAAGCCGAGAAAGGAAAAGAUGCAACAACCUCAAGGCGUGCUUAAAGGUUAGUGUGUGGAGCAUUCAAGCGUCUGCGGUGUACUUGAAAAAUGCUCGAGUGGUACCGGAAGAUUGUGAAGAGAUAGUAAUGGACGAACUCAUACUCGGAUUUCAUGUUUCCAUCACAGGGAUAAUGAUGUAUUUUAAUAGGCUGUGGUUCUUGCAAAUUUUGCAGUCAAAAUUCGUAGUCUUCACGAAGUGAGGAGUAGUAAAUCGAAACACGAACUUUUGAACAGACAAAUUCAAUUGAGCAUGUUCUGUUUAGCUUUAUUCCACAACAUCUAAAUUAUAAAACUCUCAUGUUUCUAUAAAGUAGUGCAUUUCAUUCUUGGAACA